UCGAAAUCAAGAUGACGAGGAAGCGCUAAAGCAAAGGUGGGUAGCAGCGAUAAGAUCGGGGCUGGGAUCGGUAGGGGAUAUGCAGCAAGGCCUUCUCCUGCUCCAAUGGCGUCCUCCGGUCUCAUCUCCUCGCCUCCCCCUCUCGCUCGGCGGUACCACCCGGUACUCCUUGAGAGCGUCGGCGGCCACCGGGAUCUCGGCCGGCGGGGGCGGGGGCGGCGGUGAGCUGACGGCGAGGGAGAGGAGGCAGCUGAGGAAGGAGCGGAGGGAGAGCAAGGCCGAGAGCGGCAACUGGAGGGAGGAGGUGGAGGAGAGGCUCCUCAAGAAGCCCAAGAAGAGGCGGGGCUCCUGGAUGGAGGAGCUCAACCUCGACAACCUCGCCCGGCUGGGCCCCCGGUGGUGGGUCCUUCGCGUCUCCCGGGUCACCAGUCUUGGUCAGGAGGCCGUCGACCGCCUCGCUGGCUCCCUCGCCAGGAGUUUUCCGGAUCUCGAGUUCAAGGUUUAUUAUCCAACUGUGAGGGAGAAAAAGAAAUUAAAGAAUGGCUCUUACUCUGAAAAGUCAAAGCCCCUUUUUCCUGGUUGUGUCUUCCUGUACUGUAUACUGAACAAGGAGAUUCAUGACUUUAUUAGAGAAUGCCGUGGCAUUGGAGGCUUUGUAGGAUCCAAAGUUGGAAAUACCAAACGGCAGAUUAACAAGCCAAAGCCUGUUUCACUUAAUGAGAUGGAAGCAAUCUUUCAACAAGCUAAAGAAGAACAAAAGAAAUCUGACCAAGCAUUUGAAGAAGAAGAAUGCACACGGAAUCUCAGCUCAUGCUUAGAUUCUGGGAACAGUCUGAAAUCUAUAGCAGAUGAUAAGCAUAGAAACCGCUUAAAGAAAGACCAUUCUACAGCUAACCUGUUAAAUGGAGAGAAUUCCAAGCAUCUUGCCCCAGGUGUAGGUGUUCGUGUUCUUUCCGGGCCUUUUACAGAAUUCACGGGUCGUCUGAAAGAGCUGGACCAUAAAAGCAGAAAGGCCACUGUUGGAUUCAUGUUGUUUGGCAAAGAGACCUUUGUGGAUUUGGAAGUUGAUCAAAUUGUUGCAGAAACUGCAUAGCGGUUAUAGGACCUUUCUUUUGAGCUCUCAAUGUAUGUAUUUUCAUUAAUGAUGCUAUAGGAAGUACCAAUUAGAUACCUGGAAACAAAGCCAAAAACGAAUGAAGUUUUAAGUAAUUUGAAAACAAGGUAUUGCUUUGUCUAUGAUAUCACUGGUGGUCUGGUUAUAAUUUACAUGCCAUAAUACAUGCAUCUUUAUUUGUUGAACUAUUGGCCUUAAUCUAGACUUCAGCUGGGAAAAGAAAUACUUGUUAUGCUUCACUUCAUAGUUCAGAUAUUCUGCGACUUGCACGGAUGAAUAUUUAUGACCCUAUGAUCACAUGAACAAUUUCAUUGCAGAAAAUUGCUCGAAUUUGUUGCUGAGUGAUGCUCUGUGCUUUUCUUAAAUUGGCUUGGUUUUGUGGUCUUGAGCAGGCUAAGCUCCCUCAGCUUUUGGCCAUACUUCAAUGGGAGAACAACUUUCUUCAUGGAUGGAACUUACAUUGCGGAGCCACUAAUUUUGGCAGCUAGAAUUCAGUGAUGGGCAACCAGGCUCAGGCAACUGGAUAAUCCUGCAAAGUUUUAAGUUGGAUGGAGAGUUGUUUAAUCAUAAUAAAUUAUCGUAAAGAAGUUGGUGGCUGUCAAUGAAUGAUUCAGAUUUUUGUCCCAAACAAUGUUGGCAACUUGAAUGGAGUUGCUAGCCUACUACAUUCAUUACUUUGUAUUCUAUGAUCCAUUGCUUCUGCAUAACAAAAUGUUCAUAUGGUAGUUCUUUCAAAGCAAUGAGCCCAGCAACUAGGAAGGCAAUGGUGAAGCUAUAUAAUUCUCAGCUCACCAAUAUGACAGGGAGCAAAGAAUAUGUUUUAUUAUGUAGAAGAUUGACAGUAAAGAUCAUGUUUUUUGUUUGAUA